CCCACGUUGGCGCGGGAACCGCUUCUUUUUACGUGACACGCCCCGCGGGAUGGCCGGUGAUAUCGCCCCAGCUGAUGAUGAUACGCCGCUGUUUCGGCUACUCACCGGCGUUCACAGAGCCACAAGCUUGCGUUAAUCUCACAUGGGCGCGCAAACAACGGUCUGGAAACGCUGUCGAACGCCACAAAGGAGGACUCGGGGCAAUCAUGAAAUGUCCAAGUGAAAAAUGAAGGCGUCACCUCGGGCGGUCCGGGCUGACGGGAAGUCCCCCCUUUUGCAAAUGCUCGGAGAAGGGAAGGUUUUGGCUACUGUACCAGGUGUCUGCAACGGGAAGGAGCGCUGCGAAGGCUGGCUUGUGUGGGCUUGGGGUCCUUUUCCUCCCCCGGCUCCUUCUUCGAUCUUCGGCGGACGGCUGCAUGUCACUCUGCAACCGCUCGCCGGAAACAGCAAUCCCCAGCACAAACCGCGGCGGCGCAUUUCUGGGGCGGGGGGGAACUUGCGCGGGAUCACGGACUCGAGGCGCGGCGGGGGCGGACACGCCAGGGGAGGCCAAGGGGGCGUGUGUGAACGGACGUGUCCGCCGGCCACGCCCUCUCGCGCGCGCCCGCCUUCUCUUUCCCGCCGAAGACGAAGAGAAGAUAGAUGAGACCUGGCGACCCCGCCACGGCCGGACGUUGGCUGGCUGGCUGCUGUCUUCAUCAUCAUCAUCUCCCUUCCUUCCCGUUUCUCUCAUCCCACCCUCCUUCCCCCUUCCCCUUUACCCCCUGUUCACCGGCUGCAACGUCCCGCGUACGCGUUCAGCCCGCCGAGGAAGGACGCCGCCAACGACGCCAACAUGUCCGAGCAUAGCAUGGAGCUGGUGAGCCGCCGCGCCCGCGCGCGUAGUCCCCCUCGUGGCGUUCCGGUUUAUUGAUCAGGGUUUGAUCACCGUCUCGCCACCACCUCCCCCCCUCUUCGCGCGCAUCAUAGUCUAGAGCCGCCGUAGGGGGCACCACCUCGAGGACGCCGACGCUGGACGGAGAGCAGAGGGACUCACACAACGGACGGCCGUCCGCGGAAAAGUCGAGCUCGAGGUUGACGUCGCAGAGCCCGGAGGUCGUGGUCCAGGCGCCGAGCGCGGCGCCCCCGGCGAUGAUCUUUCCGGAGGGCGGGACCGUGGCGUGGUUGACCGUGACCGGCGCAUGGCUGAUGCAAUUCUGUUCGUUUGGUCUCAUCACCGCGUUCGGUGUAUACCAAGAUUACUACGUGCGGACAUACCUCAGCCACAACACAAACUCGCAAAUCAGCUGGAUAGGCAGUUUUAACCUCUUCAUCGUUCUUUCUCUCGGUCUGGUCACCGGCCGGGCAUUCGACAAUGGCUACUUCCACCACCUAGCCAUCGGAGGCUCCGUGCUCAUCGUCUUUUCGCUGUUCAUGCUUUCGAUAACCCACAUGAAUCAUUAUUAUCAGGUUUUCUUGGCCCAGGGCGUCGGACUCGGCGUCGGCCUCGGGAUGGUGUACGUUCCGAGCCUCGGUAUCGCGGCGCACUAUUUCCAGCGCCGGCGGGCGCUCAUGAUGGGCCUCGUCUCGUCCGGCGCGCCGAUCGGCGGCAUCAUCCACCCCAUCAUGCUCAACAAGCUCUUCAACAACCCCUCCAUCGGCUUCCACACCGGCGUCCGCGUCAACGCAGCGAUGAUCGCGGGACUGCUGCUGAUCGCGAACGCGUUCAUGCGCCCGCGGUUGGUGAACAAGAAGACGGGCGCGUUCGUGCCCGCGUCGCUGCUGCGCCAGUUUGCGACCGACACGCCGUACCUGCUCACGGUGCUCUCCAUCACCCUCGUCCUCUUCGGCCUCUUCUUCCCCCAGUUUUACAUCCAGCUCGACGCGAUCGAGCACCACGUCGACAGCACGUUCGCGUUUUACACCGUCGCGAUCAUGAACGCGGCCAGCUUUGUCGGCCGGGUCGUGCCCAGCUUCAUCGCGCACAAUUUUGGGGUGAUCAACAUGAUGCUCGCGUGCACGCUCGCCUGCGGCGUGCUCAUCUUCGCCAUGCUCGGCGUCACCGGCAUCGGGGGCACGAUCGCCUUUUCGAUCCUCUACGGUUUCUUCUCCGGCUCUUAUAUCGCCCUGUUCGCACCGAUGUGCGCGACGUUGUCGUCGAGUUUUGCGGAAAUAGGCGCGAGGAUGGGCGUCGCAUAUGCCGUGUCGGGAGUCGCCGGCCUCGUCGGCUCGCCUAUAUCCGGCGCGCUGCUCGGCUCUGACCCGCUACGCUACCGCUGGUGGCGGCCCAUCGUCUUCUCGGGGGUCUGCGUCACCGCCGGCGGCGUGCUGACGAUCGCGAUACGGACGAUGGUCGCCCGACGGAAGAACUCGCACAAGGUCUAAGCCAGCACCUCUCGCCGAAAUGUUUUUACCAUAUGUCCGCAUUGGCAUGGCCCGGAAAGUGCAAAAAAAUGCUUAAUAGGGAAGAGGACGAAAACGCCGCCGAGAAUGGGGCGGAGAGUGGGCUCUCCUCCUUUAUGUGUGAUCUUUUUGUGUUUCUUGGUGCACAUAGGAGGAUGUUCCUCCCCGAGGUUUCUUGUCGGACGCUGCUGCAUUCGUUUCUCGUUUAUUGGCCGCGGACGGACGUGGGAUUCCGCGCUCUUGCCACAUUAACAUCCAUAUCCAUCCAUACAUUCCUCAUCGUCAUUCGUCAUCGUCAUCGUGUCUAUCGCUCACGCACCUCGUUUUUUUUUUCGCAUUAUCGUAUAUAGUCUCCC